AUGGUUGCUAUUUUCGUCUGGUUUCGAACCGGCUGGCUAAUCAAUUGGAAUCCACCAGAUGUAGAUGAAAUUAUGCUGCCAGAGUCCACCUGUAGAUCUAUCUUCACAAAAGUCAACUGGUUUUUGUUAACGUUUUAUGAUAUCUCAAGUGGGGACGACUUCAGAUUAUUCUUUCUGGCAAUAUGUUCUCUCUGGGUGAUUUCAGUUAUUGGGACUUUUGUCAGCACUAUGAAUCUUUUUUUCAUUGUCGUCCUUUGCAUGGAAACACUACCAAAUUUGUAUGGACGACAUCAAAAUGAAGUGGACAAUGUUGCUAUCAAAGUCUACCGACAAUUAAACAACUUUUACAAGAAUUUCGAGCACACAGUUCUUGACAAGAUUCCAAGGGGACCGGUAAAAGAAAAGAGAUUCCACUGA